CGGCGAAACUGUAUAAGAGACAAGACCACUCAAAAAAGUCAGGCCUUGUUGCAGUUAUGUCUUUGAAUGAAUCACAGAAGGAGUCUGUGCAUCCUGCUCUUUAGGCGAGCCUGUUUGAGUCAUUUCAAAUCCUUUCCAUUUCCAUUCAUCCGGUGCUGCCCUUCUCCCCACCUUUACUGUAUUCCCCGCGGGUCCUGUCCCACAGCGUGAGAAAUGGCAGCCAUGAGGGCAAGACAAAAAAUCAGAGCUCCGCGGAGGAAACCCAAGGCUCUCAGACAAGACACUCUGCUGAUCUAACGGUUGUUUAUUUCGCUAACUUAAAGUUUGAACCAAAUAGGGCCGGGUUGCUGGAAAAAACGAGAAUUUGGAGACUAUCUGGCCAGUGCUGUCGUCAUCCUUGAAGGAGAUUCAUACGAAGAAUGCAUCGACACUUUCUUUCGAGGAGCUGUAUCGGAAUGCCUACCGAAUCGUUCUGCUUUCUCAGGGGGAUGAGUUGUACAACAGGGUCAAAGACCUUGAAAAGGAAUGGCUAGCAAACGAAGUCCAAAAGCGCGUUGCAGCCGCGGUUACACCUACUUUAUUGCUGGCGAAGGAUCCUACAGACACCCAGGAUCAAUCCAGUGAGCGGAGGGCCGCAGGGGAGAAGUUCUUGCGUGUACUCAAAGAAUCUUGGGAAGAUCAUCAGUUAUGUAUGGGCAUGAUCACCGAUGUCCUCAUGUACAUGGAUCGAGUUGUCGCUACAGAUCUUCGGAAACCUUCAAUAUACGUGGUAUCAAUGGCAUUGUUCCGGGAUUACGUGUUGCGGGCUCGUGUACGUUCUGACGUGAAAACAACAGUCGCCGAUGUGCUAGAGUCGACAGUACUUUUCAUGAUUCAGUUAGAGAGAUCGGGACACGUCAUUGAGCGGCCGUUGAUACGGCAUUGUAUUUAUAUGCUUGAAGGCCUCUAUGACUCUGACACAGAAGAGGAGUCGUCAAAGCUUUACUUGACCAUGUUUGAACCGGCAUUCCUAGAGACAAGCAGGAUAUUUUACCUGGCAGAAGGAAAGCGGCUUCUGGAGACUGCAGAUGCUGCUACUUUUUGUCGGAUUGUCUUGAACCGCAUAUCAGAAGAGGCAGAACGGUGUCACUCCACCCUAUCGUCCCUCACUGAGCCAAAGAUCAAGGAGGUGUUAGAUGAGGAGCUCAUCGGGAGGAAUAUAGCUGACGUCGUUGAUCUCGAAGGUAGCGGUGUUAAACACAUGCUCGACCACGACAAAAUUGACGUCCUGAGAAAUGUCUACGAGCUCAACUCGAGAGUCGAUAAGACAAAAGCGGUUCUUACUGCCACCGUACAGAAGAGAAUAUAUGAUAUUGGCCAAGAGAUUAAUGCUGCUUCAAUAGCGUUCUCACAAGCUACCCCUGGGGCGCCUAAAACGACGGAGAAGCAGGUCAAUGGUGAGAAGAAGUCUUCAGAAAAGGAGAAACCCGUGAAUCAACAGACGGCGGCUGCCAUCAAAUGGGUCGAUGAAAUUCUAGCACUCAAAAGGAAGUUCGACGACGUCUGGAAGAGAGCCUUUAUGUCCGAUCAAGGCAUGCAGACUUCGAUUACCAAUAGCUUUUCCAGCUUUAUCAAUUCGAAUGCGAGGUGUUCGGAAUACCUCUCUCUGUUUUUCGACGAGAACUUAAAGAAAGGCAUUAAGGGUAAGACGGACAGCGAAGUCGAUGCCCUUCUUGACAAUGGUAUUACGCUUUUACGAUAUGUCAAAGACAAGGAUCUUUUUGAAACAUACUACAAAAAACACCUCUCCCGGCGUCUCCUAAUGAAGCGAUCUGCCAGUAUGGAUGCGGAAAGACAGAUCAUAUCCAAGAUGAAACUAGAGGUUGGGAACCAGUUCACGCAGCGGUUAGAGGCCAUGUUUAAAGAUAUGGCAAUAUCCGAUGACCUGACUUCGGGCUAUAAAGAACACAUUGCACGCUCCAGUGAUCCGGAUCAGAAACGGGUUGAACUGGAAAUCAACGUCCUCACGAGCACGAUGUGGCCGAUGGAGAUUAUGUCGAGCUCCAAAGAUACUGUGCAGCUUCCCUGCAUUUUCCCCAAAGAGGUCGAGAGUGUCAAGCAAAGCUUUGAGCAGUAUUACCUCAGCAAACACAACGGACGAAAACUGUCGUGGCAACCCAGUAUGGGCACUGCCGAUGUCCGAGCAACAUUCCAGCGACCGAAUGGCAAGGUUGCACGGCAUGAACUCAAUGUUUCCACCUAUGCUAUGCUAAUAUUGGUCCUGUUCAAUGGCGUUCCUGACGGCGAGUCCCUGACUUUCGAAGAGAUCCAGGCUCGGACACGUAUCCCAGACCAUGACUUGAUACGAAAUCUGCAGUCACUCGCAGUCGCUCCUAAGACGCGGGUGCUGAAGAAGGAACCGAUGAGCAAGGAUGUGAAGCCGACCGACCGGUUCUUCUUUAAUAAGGACUUCCAGAGCAUGUUCACCAAGGUUCGUAUCGGAGUUGUCAGCGGCGGUGCCAACAAAGUGGAGAACACGGACCAGCGGAAAGAGACUGAAAAACGAAUGAACGAGGAGCGUGGGGGAAGUAUCGAGGCGGCUAUUGUGCGGAUUAUGAAACAGCGCAAACGAUUGGUCCACUCACAGCUCAUGACGGAGGUUCUCUCCCAGCUAUCCUCUCGGUUUGUGCCGGAUGUCAACAUGGUCAAGAAGCGCAUCGAGAGCCUGAUCGAUCGUGAAUACCUCGAGCGAGUAUCCGAAGAACCACCUACAUACGGAUAUAUAGCAUGAGAUACCAUUUUCCGUCCAGCAUUAUAUUCGUUUUGUUUUUGUCUCUCGGCCUUCUCCUUUCAGGAUUGAUCGGUUGGUUGACUGCGUUGUUUUCAUCGUCUCGGUCAAAUGCUUCUGCUUCUGCUUCAUCAUUCGGCGGGGCGUUGGGGUCAGGUCAGCGUGGGUUAUGAUAGAGUACCACUAUGUUUUCUGUAGUUCAGGAACUUACUAUUUAUUGCAUUUGUGCAGUGGAGUUGUAUGAGAAAUGAGCACUCUGGCUUUUUCAGACUUGGGCAUCUCUAUUAGUUGAUCGGCGACUGGCAAUGCAGAGCAUGCAGAGUACAUAUUGAAGCAUUCAAACACAAUUCGGUUCUCUAUUCUUCAGAUCAUGUCUCAUUUGCUAUUGAUUUGAAAAUAUUUAGGAAUACAUACCAAUCGUCCAAAA